AUGUCUUAUGUGGAACAUGGUCCACGAAUUUUCUUAGCUAGUAGACCCAACUCAACCACACCUCUGAUAUAUGGUGACUAUGUUUUACCAAAAAAACGUUUGGAAGGUCGAUUAAAGUUACAUGAUUCUUGUUCAGAUAUCAGAGCUUGGAGUCCAAAUACUUUAGAAAAUUCGCGUUACUUUCGCGAACUUAGCGAACAUGAUUCACCAGUAGGAAAAAUAGUACCUUUCAAUGUAGUGAUUGAUAAUAUAAUACAACUCAACUCUCAAGCUCAAAAUGAACUUCAUGCAGUUAAAAGAGAGUUACAAAAAUAUAAAAGUCUUAAACUCACUCCUAAACAAGAAGAACAAUUACAAAAUUUAGAUAAUGCUUCAAAAAUAAGAGAAUUACCACAGAAAACCAAUUACACAACAGGAUUUUUAAAGGAUGCAUUUCUUAAUAUUAGCAAAUCAGGACCUGUGGUUCAGUCAAAUUCAUGUUUAUCAAUUCAUAUACCUUGUGAAAGAUAUUUUCAGAAUGAUACAAGGAAUGUAUCAGCCAUAAGAAAUCAAUCCAAUCAAUUGUAUUCUUACACUUUAACUCCAUUUGAUGUGGAUUCAGCUUUGAACAAUUAUAAUUUCGUAUCAUCUUGUAAAAGUACCAUGAAAUUACUUCCUACAGCAGGUACAGAUAAGAGUAUAUCAAAUAUUUAUUUUAAAAAUUUUUAUUUUUAUUCCAAUUUUGUAGAUUACAGUGAGAAAAAAGAAACACAUGAUGUAGAAGUACAGACUGAUGAUCAAGUUGAUAAAUAUUUAAACAAAAUUAUAACUGUAUCUGCAAUGUCACAAACAUCAUUCACAUCUAGAUAUAGCGACGAGGAUAAUAGUACGAUAGAACCAGAUAAAAGUAGUUUGCAAACAAAUAAUCAUGAAGAACAAAGUUUUGAAUGUGAUGCAUCUUGUAGUGAAAGUUCACAAGAUAUUGAAAGUCCAUCAGAAUUUGAUAGCGAAUUAGGGACAGAAUCUGAUUAUAAUCUGCAUAAUAGCAUUCAUAAAAGAAUUAUCAUUCAAAAAGAUGCAGAAAUCAUUGCUUUAGGAAAUGAUCUUUGUGUAAAGGAUGCCGAAUUAGAAGAAUUGCGAGAUAUGAAUAAAGAUUUGGAGAUUUUAUUAAAAGACAAAGAGGAUUGUAUACACAGUCACCAAGGGAAUCUUAAAAUAUUACAUGAAAAAUUAUUGAAAUUGGAUCAUCAACGUAAUUGUGAAGUAGAAGAUUUGAAGCAAAAGUUCUAUGGUUGUAAAUAUUUGAUGGAUCAACUCAAACAAGAUCUAAAUGAAAAAUGUGAAAGUUGUUAUUUACAAUCACAGGAAAUUGAAAAGUUCAGAUUAUGUGCUGAAAAAGCAACAACACUGCAAUUAGAAAAAGAUUCACUUUUAACAAAAUUGCAAAAAAUGGAACAACUGGCUAAGAAUGCUGAAAGUUAUAGUAUGGUUCUGGAACAAUUAAAAAGCGUCUUGCAAGAAAAAGAUGAGCUUAAAAAACAAAAUUAUGAACAAAGUUGUGUAUUAGCAGAUCAAGAAGAAGAACUAAAUCAAUUAUUAAAAUUGAUUAAAGGAAUGUCUGUUACAUAUCAUGAACAGGUAUAUUAUUUUUAUUGUACUUAG